ACACAAGGACCUCAUGUUGACCUUCUGCUGACAGAGGGAGCUAACAUUUUCUUCUAAAAUAAGAAGUUUGCACGUCUGUCUGCGGGAAGUCCACAGAGUUAAAAGAAUGCCUGGGACUGAUGAUCCAUCUCUGUUAUGUCCCGCGUGUGGCACAAAGCAAAAUGUGUCCCCAGGGUCAGCAGGUCAGGAGGAGUAUGCGAGGACCUGCAUCAGCUGCGGCUUCUUCAUGAAACUGCGUCUACAGCAGGGAGCUAGCGACGGCGUCACCUUCACAGUGAAUGGCACUCAGAUCACAGUGGGAGAUGAGUUUAACCCCGCCACGUCCCUCAACGAGUACCUGAGGAGGACAGGUGUAUCUCGGGGUACAAAGCAGCUGUGUAUUGAAGGAGGGUGUGGGGUGUGUCUAGUGGCCGUGAAACUCUAUGAUCCAGUCAGCGCCACGUCUCAGGUGUACGCCGUCAACUCAUGUUUAGUGCAACUGUACAUGUGUGACGGGUGGGAGAUAACGACCAUCGAAGGACUGGGCAAUGUCCGAACUGGCCUCCAUGCAAUACAAAAGCGUCUGACUAAGUACAAUGGAGCUCAGUGUGGCUUCUGUAGCCCCGCCCAAGUCAUGAAUAUGUAUGGUUUGCUUCAGAGAAACCCCACACCCACCAUGCAGCGUGAGGACGCCUACGAUGUCUCUAUUUGUCGCUGCACAGGCUACAGGCCAAUCCUGGACGCCAUGAAGUCUUUUGCCUCAGACGCCCCACCCAGUCUACAAGGAGGCAUGAUUGAUAUUGAGGAUUUGAACCCCAAGAUGUGCAAGAAGACCGGUGAGAGAUGCGAGGGCAAGUGUAACAACAAGAAGGACAAGAAGAGUUGUUCCAGUGCUCGACAACGGAACAGCGGUUCCCUGAGUAACGUGGGCGCCAGGGCUGGGUGGUUCAAACCCACCACACUACAAGAGCUGUAUACCCUGCUCCAUCAGCACCGCGCGGACAACCAUCGCCUGGUCUUUUUACAUACUUUCUUAGGUGUUUUCAAAGAGAUUGGACCGUGGAUGUAUAAUAUUUUGAUUGACGUCAAAGGAAUUAGAGAGCUGUACAGGAUUGAGUUCACUCCCUCGCUGGUGUGGGGCGCUAACCUGACGCUGACCAACAUCCACGACCUGUGCGACAAGGCGCGCAGCAACGCAUCACUGCCGUACGCCGCCGUCUUCGCGGAGCACAUCAAGAAAGUGGCCAACAAUGGCGUCAGGAACCUGGCAUCAUGGGCAGGCAAUCUGAUGCUGAAACACAAACAUCCAGAGUUCCUCUCUGACAUCUACACCAUGCUGGAUGUUGUUGGUACCAGACUCCUGAUUGGCGAUGAAACUGGAAACAGAAGCCAGUGCACCUUGAAAGAAUUUCUCAGCCUGGACAUGCAGGGGAAAGUCAUCGAGGCAGCCUUACUCCCAACCUACACCGACACCAACAACUACAUCCGACUUUACCGUGUUUCACAGCGACUACAGGCUGAUCAUGGUCACGUGAUAGCAGGGUUCAACAUGAAGAUUGACAAGACCAACAACUGCACGGUGCUACAACGACCAACUAUCGUUUUCCAGGGCAUCAAUGGCACUCUGAACCGAGCUGAAAAUACAGAGGCUUUUCUGGAAGGCAAGCAGCUGGGUGAUCCUCAAGUUCUCAGAGACUCACUUUCCAUGCUGAACAUGGAGCUGACCCCUGCCAGUGACCCUCUACUCGCCAGUGCUGAUUAUCGGCGAAGUACUGCAGUGUCCUUCUUCUACAAGUACGUGCUGGACGUGUGUGGAGACAAGGUGGCUCAGAGGUACCGUAGUGGAAGGACCAGUCUGGUGCGCCCAGUGUCGUCAGCAAAGCACUCCUAUGACACCCGGCAGGAGGAAUGGCCUCUGAACCAGCCCAUCACCUCCAUCGACGCCGACUACUUGGUUUCUGGAAUGUCUCGGUACUUGGAUGAUGUUCCUCUGGAGCCUGGCGAGCUGCACGCUGCCUUCGUCCUCAGCACUCAAGGGAACGCUGAGAUCGCAUCCAUGGAUGCUCAACUGGCGCUGUCUUUACCAGGGGUACUCAGGUUCAUCCAAGCUUCUGACAUUCCACCAGGCGGAAAAAAUAGUUUUUCCACUUUUACUUCAGCUUCAGAAGAGAUUCUCUGCAGUGGUCGUGUGGAGUAUGCUGGCCAGCCCAUUGGCAUCAUCGUUGCAGAUGAUCCUCAGAUGGCAAGUACAGCUGCCUCCAUGGUCAGGGUGACCUACAGGAAUGUCCAGCCUCCAUUGUUAGACCUCAGGACGGCCAUCAACCAGAAAUCUUUCUUUCCAAACCAAGAAGAUCCUGUCAUCAGAGGUGACCCAGACUCGGCGAUAAAGCAGUCCCCUCGCCGCCUGACAGGGUCUGUGGAAAUAGGAGACCAGUACCACUUCUACCUGGAGUCACAGAGCAGCAGGUGUGCCCCCAACGACACGGGGGGCAUGGACGUGCGGGCGACAACCCAGUGGGUGGACAUCAUUGUCAGGGUGGUAGCAGACAUCCUCAACAUCCCAGUCAGCAGCGUGAACCUGGAGGUCGAACGCUUAGGUGGAGCUUUUGGGGGGAAGGUGACUCGCAACCCAAUUGUAUCUGGGGCGUGUGCACUGGCUGCCUACAUCAUGCAAAGGCCCGUGCGCUUGGUCAUGGAUCUGCACACAAACAUGAAGGCUCUGGGCAAACGCCAUUCGGUGAUCGCAGAGUAUGAGGUAGGGUUCACGGAGGAAGGCAAGCUGAACGGAAUCAAAGUCACCUACUAUGACGACUGUGGUUACAGUGAUGCUGAUGCCUUUCUGUCUUAUGUUACAACCUUUGUCGACAGCUCUUAUUUUUGUCCAAACUGGAACUUCACGUCAGUGGCUGUAAAAACAAACAAAGCAACCAACACCGCCUGCAGAUCACCACAGGGUGUGCCAGCUCAGUUCAUGAUCGAGACAAUAAUGGAGCACAUUGCAAAAACUCUCAACAAAGAUCCCACGGAAAUCCGAAAAAACAAUUUCUAUCAGGAAGGACAGUUUUCUCUGAAUGGCUCAAAACUGGAGAACUGCAACAUCGGAUUGGUUGUUUCCCAAUUAGAGACAUCUUCAGAUUUUGAAGCCCGUAAACGCCAGGUGGCCGAGUUCAAUCAGGCAAACCGUUGGAGGAAGCGUGGCAUCUCUCUGGUCCCCACAAGAUAUGGAAUAGGGUGGGGUGCCCAUUACAGUGUGUUUGUGGCCAUCUACAACUCUGAUGGCUCUGUCGCAAUCGAACAUGGCGGCAUCGACAUGGGACAGGGAAUCAGUACAAAGGUGGCACAGGUGUGCGCCUAUGAGCUGGGUGUACCAUUGUCGCUGAUCCGUGUUAAAAAGAAUUCCUCUACUGCCAACGCCAACUCGACCUUCACUGCAGGGUCCAUGGGCAGUGACCUGUGUUCUUUGGGAGUCAUUCAGUGUUGUCAGCAACUGAAGGCGAACAUGGCGCCAGUUCGGAUGAGGAUGCCGACAGCGCCAUGGAAGGACAUUGUUAGCGAGUGUUACCGCAGUGGAAUCGAUCUUUCAGCCCACGCCUUCACGAACCCAUUCAGCCAGUACCACAGCCGUUACAGUGUCUACACAGCUGCCGUGGCGGAGGCUGAGGUGGACGUCCUCACUGGCCAGUCACAGCUCAACCGCGUGGACAUCUUGUACGACUGCGGUGAAAGUUUGAGUCCUGAAAUAGACCUUGGCCAGAUGGAGGGCGGCUUUAUGUUGGGUCUGGGAUGUCACCUGCUGGAGGAAAGCAAGUACCACCCCACAACCGGAGCCCUUCUCACUGACGGAACUUGGGAGUACAAGCCACCUCUACCUAAGGACCUGCCUGUAGACUUCCGGGUGAGCUUCCUGAGAAACGCACCCAAUCCCUUGGGAGUUCUUCGCUCCAAAGCCACCGGCGAGCCCACAGUUCCCCUCAGUAGUGUCGCUGUCUUCGCCAUCAAGCACGCCGUGGAGGCUGCACGUGCCGAGAUCGGCCAGGACACCUACUUCACACUCAAUUCACCUGCGCUGGUGCAACAUGUCCAGACAGCCUGCCAGGUAAAACCUGAACAGCUCACCUUUGGAAACUGAUCUUCUCUGAAAGUUUCAAGAAUUAAUUGCACGUGCAUGUGUAACACGGAGGGAGCUGACUAAAAGAUUAGAAAAUAAUUUAUAUGAUUAUCAUCGAAAAGGAUUCACACAAUACAUUCUAUUCCUUAUACUUUUUAAUCAAAUAUGUACUAAGUUUGCAAAGAUUGUAAUGAUUCAACUUAAAAAUGCACUCAACGAUCCAGAAAAUUUUUGCUUAAUGUUUUUGUUUAGUUCUGAGAAUUGUAUGAUUCUCUGAUCGUGUGUCUUGAAAUUUUAUUUAGAAAAAGUCUUUUAAAUAAUACAUAUUAUAUUUUAAAAAGUAUAAAUAACUGCAUGGAAACAGCUUGGGUUUUACGGAAUUAUUUCAAGAGAGUCAUUGUUUCCCAUUGUAACUGAAGCUCAGUGAAGGAUACACCUUUACCUUUGUAUAUCUUCCACCUAUAUUACACCUAAAACAAGAUAUACUGAGGAUUUACGUUCUCUUUUAAAUGUUUACCUAUACUUACAUUGCGAUAGUCAGGAUGGCAGGUCUUGCUUCGAUUUUUAUUUGCUGCAGAACUUACAAGUUUGUAAAGGUUUUCUGGGAAAGAUCAGGUGACUGUUCUUAUGAAAAGGAUCUUUACAACAGAAAAUUUUUUUUCAAUUUGUUUUUUGAAUUAAUUGAUAAUUUUACCUUUGAAUGUAUUAGAUUUUUGUCUUUGUAACUUUCCAAUAGUCAUUUAUUUUCCCUGAUUAAAAUGAACUAGCGUUUGAUGUAAAUUAAAGAGUACAUCACAUCAUGCAGCUUAAAGAUGAAAGAUAACUGGGUUGGUUCAAUGAACAAUGAAGUUUAUACAUAUAUAUGUUAAUUCCACAAAUAUUUUAAUGGAAUAAAUAAAGGUUGAUU